GCACUUUCCUUCGCCAUUAUCCAGGGCUAAGUGACAUUAUAUCAUAUCAUAUCAUAUCAUACGAAUUCUUGAUAGCUGUAGAUAUUGAGGCACAUACGAGGACGUGCUAUCUUGAUCCCAUAAGUAAAGAACUUUAUCCAUCAGUUGAUCUUAUGUAUCAUUAGUACUCCCUAUAAAUACCUAAUUAAAUUACCUUAUUAAUUACAUAAUUCUUUGCUAUCUCCUGCUAAAAGUUUCUCGAGUUACCAAACAGUCUUAAUUAUCGGCCACAGAAUCACACUGUUCAUCAACUCUCUAGUUAUUCCCUCCUUAUUUCUUGCCAAGAUUUCCUGACUACUUAUUUGCACGUCAUCUCCGAUGAUGAAUUAUAAUACUACAAGUCAUAGCUACUAUUACGAACAGGGAGGUCCUGCUGACACCAGAGGAGGUGGAAGUGGUGGUGCUACUGCUACUAUCCAAGUUACACCUCCUCCAAAUCCUGGCCAUACAUUACCUCCAUUAUCUCAUCUCAGCCAGCAACAACAACCGCAUCCCCAUGCUCAUCUCCAACAGCUCCCACCAGCUGGUGGUCAAUAUAUACAUCAACAGAAGCAACAUCUGCCUCUGCCCAUAUCAGUAACAUCUGUCUCAAAUCUGGCAGUGAACACAUCCCCACAAACUAACCCUGGCGGAAGUAGAAGGGGUCCUUGGUCUCCUUUGGAAGAUCGAAAACUAUUGGACUUGAUUGCCGUAUUUGGUCCUACCAACUGGGUUAGAAUCGCCAAUAGUUUAUCAACUCGUACUCCCAAGCAAUGUCGUGAGAGAUAUCAUCAAAACUUGAAACCUUCACUUAACCGUAGUCCCAUAACUAUAGAAGAAGGUGAGUUGAUCGAAUCCCUUGUGGCAAAGUAUGGAAAGAAAUGGGCCGAAAUAUCCCGGCAUUUGAAUGGGAGAUCUGACAAUGCAAUUAAAAAUUGGUGGAAUGGUGGAGCUAAUAGAAGAAGAAGAGCCAGUAUUGCUAAUAGUUCAAAUACAGGCGAAUCAAAUGAUUCUGCUAGUACCAAUACUGAACCUGAUAGUAAUUCUUCAAACAAUGCUGAAAAAUCUGAAGGUAAUGGAUUCACAUAUUCUCAACGUAAUUCCAGUAACGUAAGUGUGCUGGAGAGUGUGAACUCUUCCAAUAAUUCUUCUCAAGUUCAUUUAUCUGGUUCAAAUUUAACAUUAAACCAAUCAUCUGCAACUCAACAAACAUUAUUGCCUCCACCAUCUACAACAAUGAAACCACCAACUUCAACUUCAACUAAAACAGAACCUGUAUUACCAAGAAUCUCGUUUAAUACAUCAAUGUUUUCACCAGAACAACAGUUGCAACAACAGCAAUUACAAAAUUCUCAACCUCUUCAUCAAGUUCCUAUUCAUUUACCAUCAGCCUUGGCAUUUAAAUCCAGUACUCCUCCACCUCCAACAACAGGAAACUCCAAUAAUCAAUCAUCACCAUUAAAAUCUUCAUCAUUGAGAUCAGCAAGCUUUGAUAAUACUUCUGGUUCGACAACUUUACCACCAAUUUCUAGUAAAAGAAGAUUAUUGGAGGAACCUUUAGGAUCGGUAAGAAGACAUUCAACUACAACUAAUUCCGUCAUAUAUCCUCAUUAUGCUCAUUCGCAAUAUCCCCAAAAUCAAUUAUUGACAUCAUCACAUCCAAAUUUAGCCAACACGUUAAAUUCCUCGCAUCAAACCUCCUUUAGCAUUCCCAAUAAUCAUUCAGCAGGAGGUAAUAUCUCUCCUUCCUACUAUGGAUCACCCUUAUUGUUAAGCACUCAAGUAUCAAGAAAUAAUUCUAUUUCACAUUUUGAAUUUUCAACUUUAAAUUCAACUAAUAAUUCAUCUCGAAGAUCAUCGAGUAUAGCUCCAGACUUUUUCCCUAAUCCAUUAAAGGAAUCUACUAAUGGAACUGUAACGGUUAAUAAUAAUGGUCAUAAACGUAAUAUAUCCCAAAAUUCUUCAUUCAAUUCUCCUUUGUUAACUCCAUCCACGAGAUUUUCUGUAUCAUCUACAACUUCAGUAUUAAAUAAUAAUUUAACUACAACUAAUGGUGGAGUUAAUGUUAGUAUUCCUGGAUUUACCGCUUUAUCAAGUAAUACAUCUCCAAUGACAGGACUUAGUAAAACUACAUCUAGUGAAGAAGAAAAUGAAGUUUAUUUAAAACAUAAGAGGUCAGGUACCACCAAUGUAAAAGUAACUUCAAAUCCUGAUGAUAUUACUAUUGAUAGUGAAGAAGAUUCUCAUUUAAAUCCCGACAGAAAGGGCAGCGCCACCAAGAUCUCUGUCUCCAGCUUAAUUGACUGAAUGAUAGUCAUAUAAAAAGUUGUUGUUUUCGCUUGCUUACUGUGUAUUAUUCUUUAUGGUAUGUUUACUUAGUUAGCUGUUAUUUAUUUAUUUAGUCUACGGCUAGUAGGUUUGUAAUAUAUGUCACACUGACGAAAUGUAAAAAUGUAAAAAAUAUGUCUCUUUUGGUUCCUGCACUUCCUUCCUAGCAGCGGAAAAAUGUGUGCUGGAACUAUUUCGUUAGAUACA